AUAGCAUUCAUCGUCUCUGGCAUAUUCGCUUUCAACCGAUCAUUAGCUACCGUCCCCGCCCUAGGAAUUCCCGCGUCUUUGGCGUUUGGGUUCGGAGCCGUGUAUAUGAUUUGUGCUGUGGGAGUUUACGUUUAGCCUGAUACCCCAGAAGAGUUCGCUUCUUUGUACCAUAGCAACUACAAUUGCAAUCGAUUCCUCAACCGUUGUCCCAAACCAUACAGCAUUUGGCAUCAUGCAACAAGAGGCCGAUGACGACGGUGACAUUCUCUUCAGCGCCAUCUCAAACAAUGUUCGGGCGCUAUGGCAGCUGCUCCGCUGCAUAAACUUUACCAAAAAGGCGCGUGUUUACAUUUCCAAUGAUGGCAUCAGUUUUAGCGUGGAGGAGACAAGUGUCAUGGAUGCCUCCGUCCUACUUACGAAGGAGCUCUUCUCAACCUACCGAUUCAAUCCUCCACCACAAGAAGAACCUGAAGGCGGUCACGAUGAAGCAAACGGAUCCAGAUCCAUGACGGACACCCUCCCUUUCGAAAUAUCCCUUCCAGCACUUCUCGAAACGCUUCAGCUGUUCGGCAUCACCGAGCUGUCAAGUACACGAUCUGGCCGAGACUUCGGCAGCGCUCCCCCUGCUGGUCCCUCUGCCUUUGAUCCACGCGCCAUCGGAAUGCCAUGCAUCUGCCGACUCAGCUACACUCACGUCGGCGCACCCUUACAGAUCAUCCUGACCGAAGGAUCCGUCACGACGACAUGCGAGCUUACAACCUACGAGCCGACAUCGGAGUCCAGCAUACCAUUCGACUCGGCGGAUGUGGCGCUCAAAGUUCUGGUGCGAUCCAGCGUUCUCUAUGACGCCGUGAAUGAGCUGGCGGGAACCAGUUCGGAAAAGCUUCUCAUCACUGCAUCGCCAAGGGCUCCGCGCCUGUCACUUACUGCGCCGGGCGCACUCGGGAGUGCACUGGUCGAAUUCACCGGGGAAGGAGAAAGCGCCGAAAAUCUGCUCGAAACGUUCAAUCUGCCGUACGGUGUUCGGAUCACGAACGAGUACAAGUUCGACUUGAUCCGGAAAGCGCUCAGAGCCAUGGCGAUGGCCAAUAAAGUAAGUGUCCGGUUUGACGGGCAGGGUGUUUUAAGUCUUCAGUUCCUAGUCGAGGUGGACAAUGCCGCAGGAGGCAAGGUGACCUUCGUGCAAUUUCGGUUCGUGCCGUAUCUUCGUGAGAAUGACAGCGAAGAGGAACGACCAGAUUACGGCGAGGAUUAGACAGUAGGCGAAUGAUAAUAAUGUAGAGCAGACAGAUCGGU